UUGUCGACCCUUUUUAUCUUAAAUAAGCGUACAUCGAUGGUGUUACUCGAGUCGUCACACAAAAUAAUUACAUGGCACGGUCAGUGCGGCCAACCCCAACGAUUUGACCACAAUUCUUUAGCUCCGGCGGUGAGCGAGCGUCGCAGGCCCCGGUCGGCUCCAUCACGUGACCGCUCCGCUCCACCUUCCCAUUGGUCCUAAGAGAAGGGUCCCGCAAUAAACAGAUUUCGGUCCGACUUUUCUGGCGAGUCGUAGAUCGCCACAUCAUCAUGUUUCGAACACGCUACGGCUCAGAGUUCGAGGCUUGAGCUGUUGUUUAAUGCAGAGUGGCAGCGCUUUUGUUGCGCACAGGCCAAUUUUGUAUAUGAAGGAGCGUGCGUUUCGAGUUGGACUGCUGGAAGACACUGUCAACAAACAAUCUUCUCCCCCACAGACAGCAUCACACCGAGCUCUCAUCAACCUCUCCUCUCUCCGUCCCUCGAAACCGCCUCAUCUCGUUGUAUGUUUCUGUUCUCCUGGGGAUAUCAGUAGCAGAGGAUUAUAAAACAACGAACUCUGUGCUGACUGCAACUCUCCUCCUCCUCCUUCCUUCCUUCCUUUUCCUCUGCUGUUGCUUCUUGUGGUACUACGGCGAAGGAUACAACCGCUGCGUACUCCUCUUCUUCGCCCCUUCCUGCUUUCCUCGAAAGUUCGCACCUUUUCUCUUUUCGUCCUCCUCUUCCUGCCUCUUCCCAUCUGUUACUCGAAGAUUCUCUACUCUUCUAUCUACCAGUCGGCCGUACUCGCCUGGGUUUAUCUUUGAUCACUGUUGUGGUUGCGUGCUUCUCCUUUAUCCUUGGCUCUUUAUUCCCCUGAAAAAUCUCAGUGGAAUCCCUCCUUUAACCCCCCCCUUGUUUUCUGCUCUGUGUCCUCAAAAGAUCUCAUCUUGCGCUGCUGCUGGGUUGGGUUUAUCCUGCGCGGUGGAAAGGAGCAGAGGCUUGGUGAGGACGUCUUCAAGCUUCCUCCUCUACGUCGCCUCUGGUGGAGACGCCCGUCGGCCGAACCCGACCAUGAAGAAAGCUCGAACCUUGCGCAUCUUCUGGACCGACCCUGAGGCGACCGACUCAUCCGGCGAUGACGAGGAAUGCGGGGUCUCCGGGCGCCGCGUCGGGCGGCUGGUGAGGGAGAUUGGGCUCGAUCCCUGCCCCGCCGUCGUUGACAAGCCGAGGAGGGCGCGGAAGAAGGCGCCGGCUGGAGGUGGCAAGGUGGCAUCGCAGACCGGAAGCACCAAGUUCCGCGGCGUCCGGCGGCGGCCGUGGGGGAAGUACGCGGCGGAGAUCCGCGACCCGUGGCGCGGCGUCCGCGUGUGGCUCGGCACCUUCGACACCGCCGAGGAGGCCGCCAUGGUCUACGACUGCGCCGCUCUUCAGCUCCGCGGCCCCGGCGCCACCACCAACUUCUCCUCUUCCUCCUCCUCCUCCACCACCCCCGCUCCGCCCCAGGUGGCGGAGGAGGCGUCCGACCCCACCACAGUCUCCGCCGGCUACGACUCCGGAGACGACUCCCAAAGCCGGACCUCCCCGACAUCCGUACUCCGGGGCUUCUCCUCGUACUCCGCCGUACAAGGCCCAGCAACGGAGGAGACUAAGAAAGGAGCUGAUGUCUUCAACCCGGCGGUCUUCCUACCGGAGAUGACGGUGGAGGAGUUCUCACCGUUCGAGGACAUGCCGUUAUUCAACGACUCGUCGUGUUUCGAGACGUGGGAGCCGAGGAUUCCCGAGGCGACGACGGCACGGGUGGGAUUCUCCGCGGCGGCGGACCCGUCCACCACGGCAUGGGAUUCGGGCUUCGGCUCAGCCACGUGGCACGAGGACGACUACUUUCACGAGAUCGGCGAUCUCUUCCCGCUGGAGCCGCUCCCCGCCAUAUUCUAAGUCAAAAUCUUCCAACUCGCCGAUUUUUGGCAACCAAUCAAAAGUUAUCGCCGCCAUUAAUCUCUCCUGCGUCGUCUGCUCUCGAGUUGCUUCUUCCGUAUGUUCCAAAUCUUCUGCGUCAUCUAAUGAACACUAAACAUCGAACAAAGUCGUCAAGUUUGGACAUUUGAUUUCUUCUUCUUCUUCUUCUUCUUCCUGUGACGAGAGUUCUCCUUCCAUCUAAUGAAGGAACAAAGCAGCAGCAGAUGGAUCGAGCCAGUAAUGGGGGAGCAGAGAGAAUGCGUGACUUCCUUUUCAGCUGCAUCACUUUA